AUGGCUGGAGAAGCGACGCUUUUGAACAUACCCGAUUCAAUUCGAAAGGAAAUCUAUCAGCUCGUCUGUGGACCGCAGUUGCAAAUCGAGAUUCUCGCAGACGGUAGCAUCUCAGCACUCGACCACAGCCUCCUGAGAGUCAGCAAAGCCUUACGUCUCGAUAUCUUAACCUCAUACUCGGGAGGAAGCCCACCACGGAUCGUCUGGGUCUUCCGAAGCCCUGCUGCCUUGGCCAGUGCCAGUCCAAUGUUGCACGAGAGAAACCUCUCGGCCCACGAUAGCGUAUCCUGGAUCAACAUCAAGGCUAUUCGACUCGUGCUUUUGGCUCCACCCGGUGACGGCUCGCAACUCACGCUAAACGAGCGUGGCGGUAGUUGCAGUCGCGAUGGAAGCAGUGGGCCUCAUGUUGAGCCCCUGUACAAGGCCUGGAGAGACAACAUCGCGGGACUACCUCGAGACUUGUCAGUGCACACGGUGUGUUUCGAUCUCGAGCAUUCGUGGACCUGGCAAAGUCUCAGCGUCGCCAGACUCGUUCAUAGUUUAAGUGCUGUACUGCACCGACGUAGAGGUGGCAAUGUGCAGUUCCAUGUCGUUGGGUGCAGGACUGAGGAGGGUCGACGCUUCAUUGAGCGGUCGACGGUUGGUCUGGCUCAGACAGAGCCGCCUGUCAAAAUGAGAGGCCCCGGUAUUGGAGCAGAUUAG